UUGGUUUAGUGAUCGUAUUUAUUCUUUUCUACAAAUAAGGCAUGUUUGUACUCUGUGUAUAAUUCCUCUACAGUCUCUUCAGAUCGCUGCCUUCCUGUUUACAGUGUGCCAUGUUGUAAUUGUGGUUCAAGACUGGUUCACUGAUUUGAACCUUUACAGGUUUCUUCAGACUGCUGAGAUGCUGAAACCUUCCACACCGUCUGCAAGCCACGACAGCACUGGCUCUUCAGGCAGUGAUGAUGGAGCAGAGUAUUAUCCACAUAUAGUUUUCCUCCAGAACAAAGCCAGACGGGAUGAUUUCUGCCCAAGAAAUCUGAAGAACAUGCAUAUGGUGGUCGACAAAUUAAUGGCUCAUUCUCACCUCAAAUACAAAGGAACAUUAUCCAUGCUCGACUGCAAUAUCUUCCCAGGCCUGGGGCAGGACUAUCUGACAACCGAGGUCAAUAUGUUCUUGCUUCCUGUGCAGGAAAACGACGGGGAGGAUAAUUUGACCAAAGCAGGGUCAGGAACAUACCCACUGUUCUCUCUGCUCCCCGGCUACAGAGGACACCCGGCCUUUUCCACCAUGGUUUCAAAGCUCCGCAGCCAAAUACUGGCCAUGCCCCGCUGUCAGCUGUCACACACUAUUCUCACUGAGAAAAACUGGUUUCACUAUGCAGCUCGUAUCUGGGAUGGUGUGAAAAAGUCCUCGGCCCUCUCUGAAUACAGUCGUCUGCUCUGCUGACACGUGUUGAACUGCUCUUAUGUACAGUUUUAUUUCACUGAUCAGAUCACACAAAGACAAAAGAAGUGCAGCUGAAUGAGAUGUUUAAAAUAAGAGUCAGUACGAACAUCACUGGAGCAUAAAAUAAAUAUAAUUACUCAGACUUUGAGUCCUGAUUGUUAAAUAGUGUCCUGGGACUGUCCUCAGGAAUUUUGAUAUUUACAGAUAAACUUACAGCCUGUGCAGAGGUGGUGAGCAGGAAAAGAAAGUGUCUUCUCUCAGCAGAUCUGUAAUAAAAAUGCGAGAAUAGUUUUUAAAUUCAAGUCAUUCUUGACUGUGUUUCAGUUUUGAUGCACUGAUAGUUGAAAAUACAGAUUUCUGUCUUUUUAUUACCUUUUUGAAAAGAUAAGGGGAAAUAUGCAAGUGAAUAAUACACCACUGAAAACUGGUGUGUCUGGUUUUUAUUGAUAUGUGCUGUAAGGUAGAAUGUAUGUGGCAAUAACGGUUAAAUCAGUUUGUGUGGUGGUCAGUAACUUUCAUUUCUCAUGAAUCACAGUCAGUUUUGUUUUUCAUUCAGUGCAAGAAAUGAAGCUGUCUUCAAGGACUACCACACAGAGUGAUUACAUGGUUAAAGCAUACUCUGCUGACAUUUAAAACAGUCACUGGUCAUCAAAGACAAAAAAAACAAUUUACGUCUGUUCUUAAAGAAAAUGAUUUGCAGCCUAAAUUAUUUCAGCAAUAGAAUUAAACAACUUUACAGAAUAUUCCUUUAAAUAUAUGAUACAAAAAUCCAUAAAGCAAUUUAAUAACAUUAAAAUUUCAAACAAAUACACAAAAUUAAAAACUAAAACAACAUGUUUUCAAACUAGUUUUAAUAGAAUCCCAUCGGGACUAAAAGAAAAACGCAGGAGAGAUGUUAUUCUAAUUUAACAGUGAAGAUUUCUAACUAAUACCAAUUUAAUUAUUUAGACUCAAAAACAGUGAGUUAUAGGUUCUUUGAUGUCUUUGCCCAGUUGGUUAUUUAACUUUGCAAACAAAAGAAGAAAAGCUACAUGGAACACAGAGGUCAUAUUACAACCUUUAAGAAGCAAAAUACGGAUGUGUUAUAAUGUUCACAUGAAUAAAUCUGCAGAUUGCAAUUUUGUAGUAGAUUAAUGAUGUUGGUACAGUAUAUUUGCACAACAGUUUUGUACCUGGAUUUUAAGUCAUUAAAAGCUAGUCAAUCCUUCAAGGUAACCAAACCAUAUUCAAAGUAUGAAAAGUUUUAUUGUUGGACUAGCCUUCUCUUUGAAAUAAAGACUGAUGGAACUAUGCUUCCGUAUUACCGGCUUUAAUGAGAUAUCAGAAGCAUCUCUAAAAAGAAAUCUAAAAAUCUCAUUGAGGUCAAUAUGUUCUUGCUUCCUGUGCAGGAAAAUGAUGGGGAGGAUAAUUUGACCAAAGCAGGGUCAGGAACAUACCCACUGUUCUCUCUGCUCCCCGGCUACAGAGGACACCCGGCCUUCUCCACCAUGGUUUCAAAACUCUGCAGCCAAAUGCUGGCCAUGCCCCGCUGUCAGCUGUCACACACUAUUCUCACUGGUUUCACUAUGCAGCUCGUAUCUGGGAUGGUGUGAAAAAGUCCUCCGCCCUCUCUGAAUACAGUCGUCUGCUCUGCUGACACGUGUUGAACUGCUGUUACAUACAGUUUUAUUUCAUGAUCAGAUCACACAAAGACAAAAGAAGUGCAGCUGAAUGGGAUGUUUGAAGAAAGAGUCAGUAUGAACAUCACUAUGGCAUAAAGUAAAUAUAAUUAAUCAGACUUUGAGUCCUGCUUGUUAAAUAGUGUCCGGGGACUGUCCUCAGGAAUUUUGAUAGUUACAGAUAAAGUUACAGCCUGUGCAGAGGUGGUGAGCGGGAAAAGAAAGUGUCUUCUCUCAGUACAUCUGUAAUAAAAAUGUGAGGAU